UUCUCCUUCCGGGGGGAUGCUCAGCCCCGCGGGAAAACGUAGAAAAAGGCUCUUGCCGCUUUAAGUGACUCAGGAAGUGAAAGGAGGCCGCUGACGGCGAGGGGCAAGUGGAACCGGGGCGGCGCGGGGCCCGCGGCGGCCGCGAUCUUGCCAGGCCACGGAGGCUGAGCUGCGCGGCGGGCGCGGGGGCCGACGGGGCGCGGGCAGCCGAGCCGGAAGUGGCGCGUGAGGGACGAGGCGCAGCGCGGCGCGCAGCGGAGAGAGGCCGAGUGGACGGCAGGCCCAGCGCUGUCGGCUGCCCGGGCCCAAGGCCUCAGCGGUGCAGACGCGGCGCGGCCCAGCGGGGCGGGCGGUCAGUCCCCGGGGAGCAGGCGGGCGUGAGUGCGGAGGCCCCGCACGGUGCAGGCGGAGAGCACAUCAGCCGCUAGGCCUCGGCCGCGGCCCUGCAGCCACAUGGCCUCCGGAGUGGGCGCGGCCUGCGAGGAGCUGCCUCCCGACGGCACGUGUGACGAGUGCGAGCCCGACGAGGCGCCCGGGGCCGAGGAGGUGUGCCGCGAUUGCGGCUUCUGCUACUGCCGCCGCCACGCCGACGCGCACCGCCAGAAGUUCCUCAGCCACCGCCUGGCCGAGUACGUCCAUGGCGCCCAGGCUUGGACCCCGCCUGCCCGCGAGGACGACGAGGUCCCCGAAGACGUCGAGGCCAAAGGGGAGCCCGAGGGAGAGGUAGAGAGCGAGGUGGGGGAAGAAGAGAGCGAGUCGGAGGAGGACAGUGAGUCGGAAGAGGAGAGCGAGACGGAGGAAGACAGUGAGGAUGAGAGCGAAGAGGAGGAGAGUGAAGAAGACAGCGAGGAAGAGAUGGAGGAUGAGCAGGAAAGUGAGGCGGAGGAAGACAACCAAGAAGGAGAGUCCGAGGCAGAGGGAGAAACUGAGGCAGAAAGCGAAUUUGACCCCGAAAUAGAGAUGGAAGCGGAGAGAGUGGCCAAGAGGAAGUGUCCGGACCAUGGGCUGGAUUUGAGCACCUAUUGCCAGGAAGACAGGCAGCUCAUCUGUGUCCUGUGUCCCGUCAUUGGGGCUCACCGGGGCCACCAGCUGUCCACACUAGAUGAGGCCUUCGAAGAACUGAGAAGCAAAGAUUCGGGUGGACUGAAGGCGGCUAUGAUAGAAUUGGUGGAAAGGUUAAAGUUCAAGAGCUCAGAUCCUAAAGUAACUCGAGACCAGAUGAAGGUAUUUAUACAGCAGGAAUUUAAGAAAGUUCAGAAAGUGAUUGCUGAUGAGGAGCAGAAGGCCCUUCAUUUAGUGGACAUCCAAGAAGCAAUGGCCACAGCUCAUGUGACUGAGAUACUGGCGGACAUCCAAUCUCACAUGGAUAGGUUGAUGACUCAGAUGGCCCAGGCCAAGGAACAACUUGAUACCUCUAAUGAAUCAGCUGAGCCAAAGGCAGAGGGUGACGAAGAAGGACCCAGUGGUGGUGCCAGUGAAGAAGAGGACACAUGAAGAGAACCAUUCCUCGUGGAAAACACCCCUUCCCCGUGUGUAUGUGACAGCGUGUAUGUAAUGGCUUCUGAUAUCUGUGAAAGCUGCCUGGCAACAAACUUCUUCCACUGGAUACGUCCCCAGGUCCACAGCAGGCACACAUGUCGCCAAGAGACAACAAGUUUUAUGAGUACUGACUGUGUGCUUCUUGUUCUCUUGUGGUAGGUCAUGGGAAGAGCCCCUUUGAUCAACUUGGAGGCUCUUCAAGGCAACUCCCCAAAGGCUGCUUUUGAACUUACUUAUUACUCAGGAAAGCCAGCCCCUGGAAUAUUGUGCAAGUCAACAGUAUCACUUCCUUAGGAAGGUUCUAGAAUAUCUUGAAAGGAAAUAAGUUUUUUCCUUACCUGCAAACAGAAAACCCACUUUGUUUGUGCUGAAGCUUACAGCAAAUGUGGCCAAGCAGGGCCACACUGGCUCCUUAGACAGUCUCUCCUAGUCCAGCCAUGCGUUUGUGAAAGGAAUUAGAGCAACUGGGUGGAACAAGGGGUUGAAGAGAGUCCAGAGCUGGAAAGAAGAUAUUUUUAGUAUAGGUAUUAUCUAGGACUUCAUAUUCAUAAUUCAGUGCUGAGGAAAUGGAAAGAGUGAUUGAAGUGGUAGAAAGGAAACGACUUUAAGGAGUGUGAUGGGAAAAGAACAGAGAAAUCUGACUGAAAGUUGAAAUCAGUGUUUCAGAAUUCAGAUUGCCCAAAUUUUCCAAAUUGUCACUAAAGUGAUAAAACCUGAAUUCUUGGGCUAGCUGUAUGGACUACUAGGUCUGUCACAACAUAGAAGACUGGCAUGUAUAUCACCAGGUGGGAAUUGUCACCGUAAAAUUUACCAGUUCCACCCCCAGGUUAGCCUAAGGUGGCUUCGGUGCACUAUGAUGAGAAUCCAUGCCACUCGCUGGCUGGCUGGAUUCAGAUCCAUCUGCCAGCAAACAUUCCCUCUCUUUCCUACAAUUGGAAUCCUCCUUCUCCCUGCAGCAGGCCUUCAGUUUCCCUCCCACACCCCAGCUCUCCCCUCCCAUGUAGCAUGAGCAGGCAUGCCCCAGAGCUGCAUUUCCUGGCCUUCUCCCAUUCCCAGGUCAGAGUUCUUACAACCACACUUUUCAGGGUCAAGGAAGCAGUGGUAUGUUGAGAGAUACCCAACUGCAAGCUCACAUACAAACACACACAUCUUCUCGAGACAUGAGUUUUUCUUACCAAAUGAUUUAAAGUCAGGGGAUAACAUUGUGUUUUAAUAGAACAAACAGUUGUUAGAGAAGAGACACUUAACACUGUAGAGAUAAGGUAGGAGAGUUAGAAGGUAUCAGUCGUUUGCAAGUGGGCAGUGUGUUCCCUCCCCUCUGCUUGUGUGGCAUUUCCAUGUUCACGCUGAGAUUCUUUUUGAACUGUAUCCAAGCAGCCUUGCACUUGCUGUUGACCAAGCUCUAGACUUUCAGUUUCUCUGAGGUGGAUCCAAGGAGUCUGCCUUGGGGGAAAUCCCCCUUUUCCUGCCUGCCCGUUUGUCUGCCUAUAACCUGUAUACUUAUCACAAAGCUUUAGGGGCAGCUAUUGUGUGUACAGGAUAGUUCUGAGGCAGAAUCAGCACAUGCUUACUGUAAGGUCCUAUUUAUAUCAUUGUUCAAUCCUGUGCAUGCUAUAAAAUGAUUUAUUCCUUUGAGGCCAGGAAACUGCUAAGCCUGUAUGCUCUAGGUUAGGAUAUUACCCUAGCUUACUACACAUAUAAGGGUGUCGGGAGGGAGGAGUUUAAAAUUAAUAUAUAUAUUCAUUCACAAACUGGUGGCUAGUAGAUAACUUAGACAAUUUUGAUCCUUUACCAUCUGUCUGCAAAGCCUGGAGAAUUUAAUACACCCUGAGUUAACAACCUCCAAUGAUAUCCUGUUUUUAAAAUUCUUUACAGAGGACCAAAACUACUGUAGAAAAAAAUGUAGAAAAUCAUAAGAUUGAAAAGACUUCAGAUUUUGGAAGCUUGUGUUGUCUUUCCCUAGUAAUCAUUGUUUGAUCUUUACAUGUUGACCUUGUAUUACCAAUGGACAGAUCAUUGGCUUUCCACACCUAAUCAUGCUAUUAUUAUAUCAGUAUUUGGGCAAUUCAAGCAUUUAUAUAGUGGUUAUAAACAGAACUAUAAAAAUAUUUGCCAACCUGUCUCUAUGAAUUUUCAUCUGUCUGGAAUCCUCAAGGAAAGCUUUCCCCUUUCUUUAGAAAGGGUUUCAGAUUUGCUUAUGGGCUCCUGCUGUCUCCAGCACCUGGUAAGAUUUUAACCGGUAAAUUAAACACAGCACAGCAGCUUCAGCAUUUAUCAGUGUAAGAGCUAGGAUGCUUUCUGCAGUGAUGCCAGCUUCAUCCUCAGAGCUAGGACCUGCUGCUUGGCCUUGUGCCCCUCAUGAGGAAGCUUCUUACCCUCCAGGUCAGUGUGAGUUAGAUUUGUGUGUGUCCUGGUUGACUGUGGAAAGCAGAGUUUACCCGGAUCCCUAGGAGAAAUCAUCAAGUGAUUCAGGUAAAGGAUGUCUACAAAAAUGAGUCGGGUACCCACAGCAAGUCCUGUCAACCUUCUGAAUGUUGAGUUUUUGAGAACAGUUCCAAGAUAUGUUUGACUUCUCAGCUCUGACAGCCAGGAAAAGGAAGUAAGCUGAGGAUAGGCUAUGAGCCAGGCUGUCUGUAGAUGAGCUGAGGACAGGUCUCUUGUCUGUAGUUGCUAGGAAAUGCUGGAACCAUUCUGAACACAGCUCUCCCCUCUCUGCAGUCAGCUCUCUGCCCCAUGCCAUGACUCACAAAUCCAGAGAGAGGAAGAGAUUUCAGUUCCCCAGUGCAGUUGUGCCCGUUCACAUUAUAAACCAUGUUUCAAAGACAUCAAGAUGACCUUACUCCUCUUUGUUAGUAGACCUUGUACGUACUCAUUAUUAACUUGAGCUUCCUUCUAGAACUGGGGAGUAUUUUCUUUCACUGUCAUCCCCACAAAAGAAACAAAAGGGGAUUUGGCCUUCAAGAGGGUAAAGUUUUCAGACAUAGUGAAGGUGACAGUAGUCUUCAGUAUCUCCUGCUUCAUUGCUAUAGAAAAGCAAAUCCUCAUAUUCUAGUAAACUCAGCUACCAUAUUCUGUACUCUGUGAGAAGGUGCCAAUUCAAAUCACUGACUUAGGACUCCUUACCUGGUGUGUGUGUGGGGGGGUGUAAAUGAGAGAGAGAGAUUUGUACACACAUGCACAUACUAUUAUUUAAGAGUUAAGUGAGACAACUGCCCCUGGUGAUCUUAUAUGCCACCACAAAGAUUUCUUCUAGCUCCGUACCAGAUAAUUGGAGUGUGAGUGCUGGCUUUUCAGAAUAGCCCCUAGUGGUAGGUGUCAACUUUUAAAACAGAGCCAAGGUGACAGCCAGGAAGGAAAUUGCACCCCAACCCCCUUCCACCAUGUCUAAUAACAUGUAAAAUUUAUAUGCCCUGUCAUUUUGGUGACUUGGAUCAUUUUGGUCACUCCAUUUGGGCCUGAGUGUACAAUUUGUACCCUUGUAGUAGUCAGAGGUCUAGGAAGUCCUAUCUCCCCACAGAGAAAAUGUCCUGCUGAUUCCUGAUAGUACUCUGUGUAAUAGCUGUUCAGUACAUGCUUUUCAGUAAAGCGGUUGCAUGUUUACUGUGGGCUGAGCACAUCUAGUUUUGUUUGUGUUUUUAAAGACAAAAAUCCCAUUAUAAAUUAAGUGCAGGCCUACUCUAAGGGAACAGGCCCACAAGGGGGAUUGCAGAUCUUACUGGCACUGCCUUUACCUAGCAGUGUUUCUGAAGCCUUCACCUAUGGAAUUCCAAGAGCCAUAGGAACUGAGUGUUUGCCAGGAAAACAGAUCAUUUGGAUCACUUGGUCUCACAUUACCAUGUGAGGCUGAGAACUCACCAGAAACACCAGAACUUGGGCCAGAACAAGAAAGUGAAAAUAAAUGAAGACAUUUAAAGGUAUAGAAAAGCAGCCAGAGUCCAUACUGGACUUGAUGUGACUUUGAGGGGACCAGUGAUUUAUACUUUGUGGAAGUCAAACCUGACCAGUCUUCUUACAGUGACAGGCCACAAUGUGUGAGUGGGUAGAACCAACGAAUCCAUUGUCUUCUGCCUGUUUUCGUGUACACAGUCACAUUCCCUCCUUAGUCAUCUUCCCCUUCCUCCCUGUACACUAAACAAGGGAACACUCAAUCUUUCAAGGGAAUUACAUACCUGAGUUAAUGUUUCAGUAUAUCAUUUUCAUACUGUAAAUUAUUUUGUAAGAGAGAUUUACUGCUAUCCCAGGAUGUUCGGACUUGGCGCCCCUGUGCAUUUGGAAAUCAAUAAACUAUUACUGGAAAUACCA